AUUUUUAAUAUAUCUAUAUGCUAAAUACACACGCUAUUAUUACUUCACCUUAUAUAUUAUAAUUGAAUAUUCGCGCGCGAUUAGUUUUUUGCUAUGCAGUGCAGUGGCGCUGCAUUCUUCAUGCGCAAAGUUCUAGACGUUCAUUGCGCAUGCCCAUUGCAAAUCAAGAUGGAUGCUUUAUCAGUUUUAGGUGGGGUAUUUAUUUUGGUGUUAAAAAUGCAUGUAUUAAAGUUUUAAAACGAAAUUUAUAAGUGAUAAUCAUCCUAUUGAUGAAUUUUUUGAUUAAUUGCAUGACACAGGUAACUUUAAACUCACCAAUGGAGAACGUAGAAAGUCCAAAUGCACUGGAAUGGAAGCUGCCAGAUCAAGUGAUGCAAAUGCAUCGUUUAAAAAUGAAAAAGCGUGCUUUACAAGCACGUAUGAAUAAUAGAAUGCAUAAUACCAAUGAAGGAUCAUCCUCACCAAUCAAUAAUUCACCCAAUAAUUCAAGUUUUAAUUUGAACCAACCAACAUCACUAAAGCGUAAAAAUCCUUUUUUAAAAGACAAUGCAAACAAGGAACAAAAAGAUAUGGUAGUAGAAGAAAAUUUAGAAAUAAGCAAUGAUAAUACUUUAUUUGAGUUAUUAAACAUUAAUGCUAAGAAAAAAAGAACGGUUGAGGAUAGUACACCAGACAAUCCUUUAAGUUUUACCAGUGUCUUAGCAAAGCUAGAAAAUAAUGUAUGCGUACCAGAAUUAGAAGUUCAGAAAGGUGAAAAGAAUGUUCCAAUUGAUUGGUCGUUGAAAACUAAAAUGAGGUUUAUGUCCCCUAAGCCGUUCCCUUGGAAUAGUAAAUUGAAAACAAGCGAAGAGGCUUCGGGUACUACCAGUUUUGUAAGGUGUUUAGAUAUCAGAGAAAAAGAAACUACGUUAGAUACUAGCCCAAAUGCAAGAUUUCACCAAUGUUGCCUCGUAUGGCAGCAUCCAUCAUUACCAUGGUUAGAAUUAUUUCCUCGCUCUGCUGGCAAAGUGAGUGCAAGUUUAGGAAGCAAUUCCGCAGUAGCAAACAAUCAAAUGAUAAGAGAUGCUUUGUACAGAGAAUGGUGUGACAGUUUCAGAUCGCUUUUUCAUUUAUUAAGAGCACGACAAUGUGCAUAUUUUUAUGUCUGUACAAAUAAUUUCACUGUUUUAUUCCGUGCUGCUGGUAUAUGCGGUCUAUCUGAAAUGCAUGCCUUGUUGACACCUACAACGCGUGGUUUUCGACAAGCUUUGAAACAAGAAGAGAUAGAGUAUACUAUGCCGUUAAAAAAAGAUCAUAAGAAGACAUUAAACUUAAGUGAUUCUGGUUGCGAAACUUUGGAUUCUUGUUCUUCAUCUACGGUCCUUAAUGAAGAAGAAGACGAGGCACAAGAUAAAUGGUUGCAGAGUCUUGGCGUAGAGAAUUCAGAAAUUCAAAAAAUUAAUAGUUCUCAGGCGAGAAUGAUCUUAGAAAAGGAAAGCGAAGUGGAUAGCAUGAGACAGUCACUGGUAUUUGUCAAAGGUGUAGAAGCUCAAGCUUUAUUCAAUUUGUUAAUUAAUUGUAAAUCAGCUAUAACAUCAACCGGUGCAUUGGCUGGUGUACCACCAACUCUGUUAGCACCAUCUGCGUUUCAUGGAGCUACUCUAAGACCAUUGAAGGUUAAAGAAAGCAUAGUUAGAGUGGAUAAGGACAGAUUUUAUUCUUUGGAGUUGAAAGGUCCUCUUUUACCUCACGUAUUACCUUCUCUUUGCGAUCUGAUGAAAUCAAGUCAAUUAGAACAGUUUUCAGUUAGUUGUGCUCAUUUGUCAACGACGACAUCCUUUUCUGCUGCUAAAUAUGGUCUGGAACAAAUAGAAACGGAGGACGUAGCGAAAACGCAACAAAAUAUAUUCGGACAAGAAAACUUGAGUGAUUGCGGAUUUAAUAGCAUUUUGUUACGACAUUUCUGUAAUCCAGAUCCGACUAAAAUCGAACUUGUAGAAGGGCUUAAGUAUUCUAAUGAUUUAUACACAUUGUCGUAAUAAUUAUUAACGAUGCUUCAAAGCAUCGAUAUCAAAUUUUCUACUAAAGAAAAGAAAAUGAAAGGGUUUUUAAAAUGCACAAACUCCUCUCUAUAUGGGUGUUUAUUCAAACGAAUCGUUUUAAUUGUUAUGACUAAAAAGGUAUCGACUAUAAUUAAUAUAUAUAUAAUAGUAUAAUUAUUUAUUUGUAAGAGACGUUAUUAUUUCUCAGGAGAUAAUCAACGAGAUAGUUUUAAAUGAAUUCGGCGAUAAGUGCCUUGUAAAAUAUAAUCAUAUAUAUAUAUAUAUAUUUAGAUGUCUAGGCGAAUAAUUUUUAUUUAUAGUAGUAUUUUCGCUUUAUUUAUAUUUCUUCUUUUUCUGUACUAUUUAAAUUAUAAGAUUGCAGGUUAUAGUAGUAAAACCCGUAAACACGUAUUAAAGAGAUAUUUUUAAUUGGAAUCUUUAUAAGAUAACAAUAUAUCAUGAAUUAACAUGAAAUCGACGAGCCUGUAAUUAAAAUUCUCAAACUACUUUAUUACUAAUGAACUAACGAUUGAAUCAUCAAAGUAAAACUUAAUUAACUAUUUUAUAUAUUAUUUAAAAUUAUUCCAAU